AUGUAUACCGAUGGAAAGACGCCAUUGCUUUUAGCAUUGAGGGCAAAUAAUCUGGAUCUUGUUCGUCUGUUGGUAGACAGAGGUGCUGAUGUCAAUACACAGAAUGAGGAAGCUGAGACGGCGUUGUUUUGGGCGUUGAGGACAGAUGAUAUGGACCUUGUCCGUCUGUUGAUAAAGCACGGAGCCAAUGUCAACGUACAGAAUAAGGAAGGAGAGGCUCCUUUGUAUUUGGCGGUAAGGAGAGGCAAUAAGGACCUUAUAAGUCUGCUGGUAAAGUCCGGGGCUAGUGUCAACGUGCAGAAUAAGGAUGGAGUGGCGCCCUUAGAUCUGGCACUGAAGAACUAUGAUGUGGAACUCGUUCGCCUAUUUGUGAAGAAUGGGGCCACGGGUAAUGCUCAGAGUGAGGUACGUUCUAAAUGUUAUGGGGAAAAGACAACGUUCAGACUGGCUAUCUGA